GCAUGUGCAGUUCGCCUGGGGCGAGCACGCCGGUACGCGCGCCGCCUUCUGGCAGUCCGUCAGCGAUGCUCUAGUUCGUGAGUGACAUGCCUGACGUGGCGACUCAGAGAGUACCGCCCAGUGCUUCAUGCCGGCAUCAGCUCGAGACAGCUUUGCUUAUGGAGCAGGACGGCGAGGUCGAUGUGCCUGCGGCUGACCCUUCUGGUCGAACAGAGCAUCUCGUGCCGCUUCGAGAGCAACUGGCAAGCGCUGCCUCUGUGACGGACGAGUCUCUCAUUGCUGCUGUCGGCGCCGUCAUCGGCCUCUACGUGCUGUGCGGCACGACGCUAGAUGUCUCUGCGGCCGCACAGCGGCUGGGCCCGCAGAUCGACGCCGCAGCUAGCGCUGGAGCUUCGUCUCCUCCAGCACUGGGCAGCAACGAGCGCCUCAACGAUGCCAUGGACGAAGACUCGGGCAUGUCUACUGCUCGCGAUGAUGCUCCUGCUCCGGAAGACGACGGCGUGGUGCAGCCCUGGCAUCUCGAAGUGCCCAGCGACUCGCAUGCCACAAUCCUGCAGCUGCCAAACGCCUUCAAGUGCAACUACCGUUCGCCUGCGCCACUGCUCGUCGCCGAGCUUUCCGCCGUGGUGCAGGCGCUGCGCGGUGAGCUCGCGCCGCCACGCACCGUCACUGUCGUGGGCGAGCGACAGUUGUUUCCCUCCGACGCGAUGCUUGCCGCCAAGACGUAUCGGUCGAAUGUGCGCCCGGAAGCGUUGCUCAGCGAGGCGCAGCGACGGUCCAUCCAGGCUAGUGCCCGCCGCCGGCAGCGCGCGGUGCAGCUCCACAAGACGCCAGAGCCAAUCACGCCCGACGAGGAGGCGCUCGCAGCGCAUCGCGCAGCACAGAUCGCUGCGGCAGGGCCGCCGGCCGACGAGGAGCAAGAGGCUGUCUCCUUUGAGGCACCGAGCGGCGCAGCGUCGGUCUUUGCCGUCACUCCGUGCGCCGGCUCGGCGUGGGCGCAUACGCGGGAGGCGGCAAGACUCGGCAACGCCGCCGACGUGGACCGGACGAGCGCCAAAUUCGGCGAGCUGCUCUUCGAGCUGCCUGCUCCGCGAUCUGCCUCUCCGUCCGCGCCCGGUCCAGACGACACGGCGCACGCCGCUGCUGCCUCGACGUCCAGCGGCAGCGACCAGCUGUCAGUGCCGCUCGCGCGUGCCGAGCUGGUGCGCGAGCUGGUGCGCGAGCGUCUCGAGCGCACCGCACCGCCGGCGCCGCCGUCGGCGCUGCGCGCAGAGCGCGUCGGUGCGCGAGUGCCGCUGCCGAACAAGCGCGCGUUCCAGGCGGCCUCGCAGGCCGGGCUCGACGGCCUGGAGGCAGCCACGGUGCCGCUGGAAGCCAGUACGGUGCAGUACCGCGCCGCCGUGGAGCGCACGCUGGAGGGCAGCGGCGACCUGCCGCCGGCACAGCGAGCGCUGCGCCACGACGUCGUGCGCACGGCCAAGGAGCGCACGCGGCGCGCCGUCGACGAGGCCCGCCAGCGCGACGGUGCGGCGGGUACGGCGCCGCCGCAUGGGCAGUGAGGUGGGAAGUGGGGAACGGGUGGGCCAGUGGGCGAGCUUGUACUGCGAAUGUCACCGAUACCCUGUGUGCUAGAGGCGGGCAUGUUGCACGC